UUACGUAUGAGUAGGACACACAAAUGGAAAACACACCGGUGGUAUCUUAUCUUAUCAGAAAGGUGUGUUAAUACGAUAUUUGAGGAGCACACAUCAUUCACAGCGAACUUUUCUAGCAGACGCGUGCUGAUGCGUUUAUAAGUGCAAAUUCAAAAGGUGUGGAUAGAAUCAGAAUGUUGACGAGACUCGCCGUUUGCGUUUUCCUUUGCAAUUUCAGUAUCGUAUAUGGAUUUCCACAAGAUAUCAUUGGCUUGCUGGCGGAAGACGAUCUGGGUAUGUACAAUGGAGCCCAAGAUAACUGGCAAUGGGCAUACGAAAAUGGUCAAUGGAAAAAUGUGGAAAGUCAACACAGGGUACGGAAAAGGAGUGCCGAUGCUAAUAGUACAACUACAAGUGAAGGUACCAAUUCAACAGUAGCCGUCCCCCUUGCAUCAAACAACGAAUCUCUGACCAACACAACUGAGCACAAGUUUGAAUCAAAGAAUACCACUGAAAUAGCAACGCCUACAAGUCUGAACACAACAGAAGCACCUAGUAAAAGUGAUACAAACACUACAGAAUCAACACAGUCAACUACAUUGGCUACAUCAGAACCAACCAAGCACAAUGGUACCAUUGCAAUGGCAAAUAGUACAGCAUCAUCAACAGCUGAUACUACCAAUUCAACACCAACAACAGAAAAUGCAACUAAAGCAGUAGAAACAGCAAAGGAAGUUGAAACCGAACUAAAACAUUCCGAUAAAAAUGGAACAGACGAUAAAGUGGCUCUCGGCAAGAGCCCAGACCAGGCUAAUUCUACUAUUUCUCCUGAAUCAUCGUCUACCACAAAAACUACCGAGACUCAUCUGAAGACAUUGUCAGAUAGCGACAAAAAGGGCAGAAAGGCGAUAGAAAAGGAAGAUACGGAUCAGCAUCAAAGCGGUAACGCAGUGGUGACGAAUGAUGAUAAAACUAUGUCAGAAACUGAUGUGGCAUUGGGUAAUGCUGCAGCUCAUGAAAGUAUCAAAACUCAAGAGUCCGCCUCACCCAAACAAGGAGCCUCGUCAACUUCCUACUCGACCGGCAACGACACCAAGAUCAUCAUCUUCCUGGGUGUGGCGGUAGCAGUGGUGGGCGUGGCCGCGGUCGGCUACAAUUACGCACGCAAACGGAGGCGAACCAAUAGGAGCACGCCAAGGGCGGGGCAAAACGGUGACGUGGAAACGGGACGGGAAAUGAAACCGUUGAUGAGGAGCGAGGUGGAGGCGGUAAUUCAGAAGGAAGCGGAUGUUAAGGCGGAUGACGAGAAAUAGAAGUUAUUUCAUGAACUUUUCAGGAUAUAUGUGCCAUUAUUAAUGCUUGCGUUUAUCUCGAAUUCAGGGUUUUACAUUCGUUUGCUGUUGGAUAAUACAGCUUCAUUGGAGAUGCUAUCAUCAAAUUGUCUUACAGAUUAUUCCAACUGGUUCAAAGUAAAAAAAAGCACCGAUAUAUUUUUCAAUGGAGUUGAAGUUAAGGCUAAAUUGGAUAAGUCACUUUUAAGCAUAUGGGUUGUAAGAUGGUUUUCUUGUGAAAAUGUGGGUGUAAUGUCAAUUUUUUGUAACUACUUAACUGUAAAAAAAUAAAAAGUCAUAAAUUUUCCAAGUGCCUAGAAGAAUGAGAUAAAAUUAACCAAGAUACACAUAGGAAUAUUUGAAUGUAAUCUAGGAUAAACUUAUCUGGCUCAUUUACAAAAUUAGUCAUGGAAGAUAGAGACUUCCAUGGACAAUUUAUAAAUUUGUAGUUGAUGUACAAUGAGUGAAAAUAAAAGUAAACAGUGGCAAAAAACAAAAAUAUUGAGUUCAAGUGGACUAUUAUCAUGUGCAGGUAAUCAAAUGAACAUAUUUACUCAACAAGCCAUACAAUGUCUUUUUCACCAACAUAUAAUACUUAAAUGGGUUAAUAAUAAUUAACUACUAUCUAUUAUUAUUAAGAGCUCAAGUAUUGGUAAGCUAACUAAAAUAGUCAUUUUUUAUCAUGUACUAUUAUUUAAAUGUUUCUGUCAAUAAAAAAUUAUAACC